AUAAUCGUGCGAAAACUUGUGUUCUAUCUUUUGAACUUCGACUUUAUCUGCUACUAUAAAAAUUUGUCUGAAAGAAUGGCCCAUGUAGUCCAGCCGUUGGACCAGCCGUCCAACUAUAAAGACUCUCAAGCCCGCGUCGACCGUAAAAGACAGAAUGAAAUGCUUUCAAAUUCCACUACGCUCUACAUUGGAAAUCUAAGUUUUUUUACUACUGAAGAACAGAUUUACGAGUUAUUUUCAAAAUGUGCCAACGCCGCAGACGGAGGAGGAAUCAAAAGAAUCAUAAUGGGUCUUGACCGUAACACAAGAACACCGUGUGGCUUUUGUUUUGUAGAGUAUUAUACUCAUACCGAAGCUCUUGCCAGUAUGCGAUACGUCAGCGGAACCAAACUCGACGAAAGAAUAAUUCGAUGUGAUCUGGACUUGGGAUACAAAGAAGGAAGACAAUUCGGACGCGGAAAGAGUGGUGGGCAGGUUCGGGAUGAGCACAGGCAAGAUUACGACCCAGGUCGAGGAGGCUGGGGUGCACAAGCACAGAGGUUAGAAGUCGAGAGGAGAAGAGCGGUCGAAGAACGGUAUGCAGAUGCUCAGGACGGACCGGGAGCUGUAGCCGGAGGUGGAGAAGAUUGGAAGGAGAUAGAAACCUCCGAAGGAAAACUGAAGCGUGGAAGAUCACCUGAAGAUGAAGGGGACAACGCUAGGAUGGGUCAACGAACGCGAACCGACGAGGUUGCUGAAGUCGAUAGAAUGUAGAGAAAUGUCUUCAUUUUGUGUCGUUCUUAACAUACUGAUAAUUUAA